CGUUUUGAAGGCGGAGCGACUCUAACGGAAGUAGACCCCGGCUGCUCAGCGACCGGCGGACCAAUGGGAGCCCGGCGUCUCAUCGCAGCUGGUUAGCUCCUUAGCUUACUCGGCGAGUUAGCGUUGAGAAAUUGAAACGAUAAUGGCUUAAAGGGGUGAUUAGAUGCCGUCCAAGGGGAAAGGACCGCUGCAGCAGAUCCACAGAGAGGUGGACGACAUGAGGGUGCAGCUGGAGAGUCUGUUGAAAGAUGUUAAGGGUGAAGUGGAAACCAAAGAAGAGUCCUUUAGGAGAUGCCAAGAACUUCAGAUUUCUGCAGAGAAAACACUGAAGAAUCUGACAAAACUGACCAAGGCCGAUGAGAUUGCUCCUGUGGGCAACUACGACCAGAGGAAACUAGAGGAGCAAGGACGACUGCAUAACGUCCUGGAGCAGCUGAACAAAGUCUCCGUGCGGCUCUCACCACCGGGACCCAGCACGGAGCCACCGUCAGGUGAUGCCCAGAAGGAAGAUGUCGAGGAUGGAGCUGAAGACAGUGAUGAGGACGAUAGCGAUGAAGACACCGCCGAUAAGGUCGACAGCCCCAAAGACGAGAGUCAAGCAUCAACUGCACCGCCGCAAUCGGAACCUUGUAUCUACACGGUGCUCAGUGAUUUCAAAGGCGACCAGGAAGGAGAUUUGACUGUUCAGCGGGGCGACACGUUGAAAAUCAUCAAGAAGACGAGCGACGGCUGGUGGCUGGCUGAGAAUGCCAAAGGCGACAAAGGAGUGGUGCCGAGAACAUACCUGAAGAUUGGUUCCGUCCUCAGCGACGAGCGCAAGGAUGAAGAAGAUGAAGACUCCGACGAGGCUGAAGAGGAGCAGGAGGAUUCCGACGAGCAGGAGAACGAAGAAGGAGAGAAUCAGAGUUACACUCCUCCUUCCAACUGGUCCACUUUCAGAAAAGCUCUCACUGAGAUUGACGCGACGGACGUCCUCUCUGCAUUGGGCGCCAUCCCUUCCGGGUUCAGACCGUCCACUCUCAGUAAACUGCUAGUGGACGAAGGUGCCAAAUACAGAGGAAGCCAUUUCAUGCAGCCGGAGCUCAGCCAAUCACAACUCUCCUUCAGCGACCUCUUCUUGGAUCCCGACAAUGGCAGGGUGCGGCCACGACACCCUCGGACGUGCGUUUGUUUCACCCUGUGGAGCUGUAAGAGGAUCCCCACGCCCGGGGUCGGCGUCCAGGUCCUCAGCAGACACAUUCGCCUCUGCGCAUUUGACGGGACUCGGGUGCUGAGUAACAUCCACACGGUGAGGGCCAGCUACAACCCCAAGAACCCCAGGACCUGGCUCUUCUCCCCGCGGACAACUGGCGUCCUGCCUGCCCUGCUGGACGGAGACUGCUUCCUGCGCUGCAACGCCGACAGCCCCGACCUCGGUAUCCUCUUUGAGCUCGGCGUUACCUUCAUCCGCAACUCCACUGGUGAGCGGGGAGACCUGAGCUGCGGUUGGGCUUUCCUCAAACUGAGUGACGCCUCUGGAAAUCAGCUCCCAAACAGGACAUACGAGAUCUCGGUGAGCGGCGGCACUCCUUAUGAGAAGGACGUCGACAUGGAGGGGUCGCCCGCUCGAUCAUCUGGGGCCGGCGUAUUCCAGCAGAUGCUCAAAGCGCGGCGGCUGUCCAAACUCAUCGUCAAGUUCAAGACGCCCAACAGUCGCAUCAAGAGACAACUCAGCCUCCUCCCCGACACCCUACUGCACUGUCUGAGCUGCGUCCCCUUGUUGGCCAUGUACAGACAGCUGCUGGCUGAUACGCUGCUGGUGGACCGGCCCACCAUGCAGAACGCAGAUUUGAUAUUCAGUCCCGUGCUUGCCAUCUUCCCGAUCCUCAUGGACCAGCCUGACCUGCUGGAUGCCCUCAGAAGUGCCUGGAUGGAUGCAGAAAACAACAUGAAAAGGUCACAGAAGCGAGAUGAGGCACAGGUGAAACAGGAGUUCGCCAAGGCGUUCCAGUGGUCGGCUUCCUUCCUGCUGCACUCGUCUUCUUUCCCGCCUCACCGCUGGGCCGAUCCCACCUCAGACGAGCAGCGGUCCAGCCUCAUCGUAUCCACGCGGGAGGCGCUGAAACGAGCCCGCGGCCAAUCAGGAAGCUUAGAGAUGCUGGCCAACCCAGCCCACACUCACCUGGCCUUUGACAUCACCGAGAUGACUUUUGACCUCCUGCGGGUGGCGCACUAGAACAAAAGAGAAUGCCACAAAUCCCAAACCUUUAUUUAUGGACCUGUUGAAAUGAUUUUUUUGUUUUUUUUUAAAAGCACAUAAUAUUUUUACAAUGUUUUUAUUCCAAUGUAAACUGUGUGACACCA